AUGUGGUGGAGGCAGUUCUUCGUCAUUUCGGAGCACCUCCUCGAAAUUGAGGACACGUGCAUAAUGCAACAUUCCGUCCUGAAGGCAUCUGGACACGUGGACCGCUUCAAUGAUUUCAUGGUCAAAGACGUAUCUGAUGAGUCGAAGUUCUUCCGAGCUGACAAGUUGCUCGAGGAUGUCAUGGAGGAGAAGCUUAAGGCAGCUGACUUGACGGAGGCUCAGCGUGUGGAGUACACCUCUGUUCGCAACCAAGCCGACGCGUACUCUCAGCAGGAGCUCCACCAGAUCUUUCAGAAGUAUCAAAUCAAGUCGCCCGAGACCGGCAAUGACUUGAGUGAGCCGUAUGAGUUUAACCUGAUGUUUCCAACUCCGAUCGGCCCCGGGGGCUAUCUGCAGGGCUACCUCAGACCGGAGACGGCGCAGGGCAUCUUCUUGAACUACAAGUUCUGCUUGGAGCAGAACUCGAACCGACUCCCAUUCGGAGUGGCGCAGGUCGGCCGAUCUUUUCGCAACGAGAUUGCGCCCAGGGCAGGGCUGACGAGACAAAGAGAGUUCACCCAAGCGGAGAUCGAAUAUUUCGUGAAUCCAGCAAACAAGGCGCAUCCCAAGUUUAAGAUGGUCAAGGACACUGUGCUGACCCUUUUCCACUCAGAUGCACAGCUUUCAGCUCAGGAGCCUGUCAAGAUGGCAGCCGGUGAUGCAGUUAGCCGUGGGCUCAUCAACAAUGAGACCCUCGCCUUCUUCAUCGUGAGGACAUACCAGUUCCUCCUCCACAUCGGUUUGGAUCAGGAGUUUGUUCGCUUCCGCCAACACCUGCCAACAGAGAUGGCGCACUAUGCGUGUGACUGCUGGGACGCAGAGAUUUUUGGCUCCUAUGGGUGGCUGGAGUGCGUCGGCAUUGCCGACAGAUCAGCCUUUGACCUGAAUGCUCAUGCACGAGCAGCGAAAUGCGAUCUCCAGUACAAGGAAUCCCUGGAGAAACCCAUCGAGAGGGAGGUCCUAGCUCUUACAAAGAAGUCUGGGGUGGACAUCAUGAAGGCCUUCAAAAAGGAUGGGCGUACAGUCAAGGAGUUCAUAGAGAAGCUUCCACAAGAGGAGAUAGAAUGCAUUGCCAAGCAGCUGGAGAAGGGCACAGCUGACGUGCAGGUGGAUGGCUCAUCCUUCACAUUGACCAAGGAGCUCGCCGUGUUUGAGCGAAAGAUGGAGAAGCAGACGGUCAAUGCUUUCACGCCCGGGGUCAUUGAACCUUCGUUUGGCAUUGACCGCAUUUUUGCCUCUCUCCUCGAGCACGUGUAUUAUGCCCGCCCGAAGGAGGAGCCGGGAGACGACAAGGACAAGCAAACUCGUGGCGUUUUAGCUUUCGCUCCGUCCUCCGCACCGUACAAGUGUGUGAUUUUGCCACUGGACCAGCGAAUUGCUCGCGACGAGCGGUAUCUGAACAUGAUGGAUGCCUUUCAGGUGCAACUUGUUGAACUUGGUCUGUCGUUCACACUCGACGAGAGCAACGCCACAAUUGGCAAGAGGUACUCUCGAAACGAUGAGCUCGGCAUACCGUACGCCAUUACUUUCGAUUUCGACACGUUGGAGGAGCACCUAGAGUGUCAGCUUAUCAACCUCAGCAUCUGGCUGGGUUGUGCAGUGUACAGGGUGCAGCAACUUGACAUGUCGCUAACGCAGAAGGAUCUGGAAGACUUGGAUGCUCCUAUGCACAGAGCGAGUACCAAGGUAGAAUUGCUCAAGCGAUUCUUCCAGGCAGAGCCACCAACAGCCAAAGGCGAGGAUCUGCUGGAGCUGUGGCAAGAGAUAUACGACGAGACGGUCAGAAAUACCAUCGUGGAAACUGUGGCUGGGUCGUCGGACGAGCGCAUCCACCCAGUUCUCCCCUAUGAGAAGCUCUAUGCUAUUGUAGGCGAUGGCGGCCAUUGGAAGUGGCCACGUAUUUGGAGGCGUUUCGAUGAGCUGGAACGACGAGGCGCCGCUUACCGAGACGGAGAUCCCAUCAACUUCGGGUUGCCGAAUCCCAACCCGAACAUUGAGCCACAGACGGUCCUGGUCGUAGGAGGUGGCCCUGUUGGGCUGCGCAUGGCCAUCGAGCUAAAGCUCGGGGGCCAUCACGUGACGGUCUUUGAGAAGCGGCGUGAGGUGCGAGAUGAGAGCGGCCAGCUGCAGCAGCUUGGGUUCACCAACCGAAUCAACCGACCUCAUGUCUUCAAUUUUCUGAGAAAUGACCUUGAUAGGCUGAAUGGCCGUGACUUUAUGUCUUCUAAGAUGUGCUAUCCUGUCUUCACUCAAGCAGAUACAUCCUCCAUUGGCAUCGACGAACUUCAGUUGCUGUUGCUCAAAAACGCCUUGCUCCUCGGAGUGGACUUCCGCAUGGGCAUGUCCUACGAGGAUGCAGAGAUAGUUCUUGAUCCCCGGACUCAGAAGCCAAGGUGGAAAGUUAAAUUUACAUGCGAUGAGCAAGGUGCCAACAGCUACCAGGUUCCACUCGGAGAGAACUUCCAAACCUUCGAUGUACUGAUGGGCUGCGACGGUGCCCGAAGCCGCGUCCGAGAGUCGCAGAAACAGAUCUUUGGAGAGGUAGACAAGCGCAACUUCAAGAAGAUGAUCGGGGUCGUGGCCAAUGUCCAGAAAGUGUCACGUCAACGGCUCAAAGACCUGGGAUUUCCAAGUGGCCAAGAGCCAACGGACAUGAAACGAGCACAUUUGGCGAGCGGCGCAGGCAAUAUGGCAGGGCUCAACUACUACAAGGCUUCCUUCCACAACUACGUGAUCUUCACGCCAAGCAAGGAAGACUUGCAAGCAGCAGGCUUCAGUGGAAGUAUUUACUCCUUUCAUUCCGGCCGCGACAAGGUGAAUCCAAAUAAAGCCGACGAAAAGAUGCGCUUGAGAAGAUGGGUGCUGGAGAGAUGCAAAGAGGUUGGCAUUCCAGUGGACGAGACCCUCAGCAACGGCGGCUUUGUCGAGGAGCCGAAUGAUGUGAUGGCCUUCGACUUUUCUGAGAUCUGGAAAUGCAAGAAGAACUUCGCGUUCAACCUACCUCCAAUUGGGUACGACACAGAGGUGCAUGGACCCUGGACGGGCAGGACUUUGAUCCCACCGAUUGGCCUUGUUGGCGACGCAGUGACGGAACCUUUCUGGAUUGCGGGUGUGGGCUUGCAGCGUGGCUGGAAUGGUGUGAUGGACGCAUGCUAUUUGAUCGACAACCUCUACAACAUGAGCUUUUCUGGGGGCCCCGAUCCUGUAGAGACCACGUCCUGGAACGAGCAUGUUCAGAAGCUGCAGGGUAUGAUCCCGGUCCUUUUUGACUGCAGCCAUGAUGGCAAAAUGACCAAGGAAGGCUUGCAGGGAGAGUACGCUGAUCAGGGAAUUAUCAUGACUCAACUGAACAAGCAGCAGAAGGACUCCGAGAAGCCACAGUGGCAACUGCAAGUGAACCCGUGGACGCGCUAUGAGCAGUUCGCCAAGUUGUCAGAGGAGAAGUACAAAGGUGCCCGUAUCUUGGAAAACAUGCAUCCAACUGUGCGGCGAGCCCUGGCCAUCAGGAAGCACCCGAACGACAGUGAUGUCUUCAGCGCCAAGAAGCUAAAGUCAAUCAACGGAAAGAGCAUCGUGCAGGCCGUGGAUCAUGUCGUCCAGCAGAGCCGCAAAGCACCUGCGGAUGCUCAAUUGCAGCCUUCGCCGGCAGAGAGAACUUCAAUACCGGAAACAGAAGUGGCGAGACGCGCAUCCACAAAGUCUGAGAACUUGCACAGCAUGCUUGCAAAGCAAAUUGACCUCCACGUUCAGAAUGCAGCCUCCCACACCGCGCGGGCAUUUGACGACGAUCGGUGGAAGCCUUUGUCCCCGAAGGCGAGUGGUUUCGCUGAGAUGGCUGAGAAACAGUGGGACAUACUCACCGAAAAACAUCUGAGCCCCAGCCAGCGUGCCGAGCUUCUGCAUGUUCGGAACAUGCAAGUGUCGCUACGGCAGCAAAUCGCAAGCCUUAGCACGAGCCUGGCAGCAUUCGAACGUGCCGAGCGGGAGCCUUGCCCAGCUUGGUGGCGCAGCGGUGCUACGCCCUCUCUGCCAGAACUGACUUACACUGACCGCACUGUGACGGUCAGGGAGCGUGACACGAUGUGGCAGAUCAGGCUGGUCAUUGAUGAGUUGGCCCCGCUCCUGCUCAAACUGUGCCAAGGCUCACCAUGGGAGGCCGAAUCCAAGCACUUUGCGGCGGUAAAUGCUGGACAGUGGGCGCAGGCACAUGUUGCUUCGCCUGACUUUGCGCCGAUGUUUCGCGACGCCGUAAAAAGAAGCUUUCCUACGGACUGGAACCUCAUCCCACUCUACUCACGCUAUUCGACACCCCGAGCCCACACCUUGAUCUCCACCAUUCAAACUACCAUAAUCGGAUACCUGCGGCAGCUUGGGCCAUGGAGCAAUGGCAAACUGGCAGGGGAGGUGCCUUCAGCUUUCGAGCCAUCCUUGCUGGAGAGCCCACAGUGGGUCAACAGCUUUCAUAAGAAGAAGGCAGUGAAGCAAGAAUCCAUCGAAGAGGAUGGCGUUGCAGAAAAGAUAUAUGCCAAUUGGAUCAAAGAAGAGCUGCAAAAAGAAGCGGCAUGCCUGGAGCUGCCGUUCUCUGUCGUAUUUCUGGCAUCCUUUGCAUGUUUCGCGCUGGGGUACCUGGCACAAGAUGUUGUUAUGAGCGUGGAGAACUCCAUCGAAACAGACAUCACAGAAAAUGCAAACUUUGCUUUCGAAGGAUACUUCGGGAACAAGGCAAUUAACGACGUGAACAGCAUCGCAGACUUUUGGUCCUGGACGCGAUUGGGGCUUCUUCCUCUCGUCUUCCCCGAGACGCCCUAUACCUACUCCGAGGGCCUCGCAGACGUAGUGCCCGAGGGCUAUGACGUCAAUGCUCUUCCUCAGCGAUGGCUCUACAGUGGAUACCAGAAGCCAGCUCCUGUACAAAAUGAUUACCUGAGGUAUAACAGAAUCAUUGGAGGACUGCGAUUUCGCCAAGAGGUUUCCACGGACGACAAGGCAACCUGUACACAUUUUGGUGAUGAAGCAACUUUCAGGAGAUGGAUCGGAAAGCCUUGUACGCACAUCACGGAAUACGAGCUGCCGCCAGACCUCAUGGCCACUGAAGCCUUCAACAGCGAGCCGCAACGCGUAGAGUGGUUUCUGCCGGAGGUUGAAGGCACGUCAGCUUUGGUUCAGCAUGUGGUUGACAUGGAGGAUGGGUGCUUUUCAGCCAAAGCACAGAAUCGGACGUGCCGUUGCACGUGGUGUGACGCACAGGUUAGCUCACACCCUUGGUUGGACGAGCAGACGCAGCGAGUCGAAGUCGCCUUCAUAACGUACAAUGCUCACUACGGCUUGUACAACUUGGCAACGGCGAACUUCUGGUUUUCCAGAGGUGGUAACAUCUUUAAGUUGGUCUUCGUGCGGUCUUCUUGGGCCGGGCUGGAGGUGCGCGAACCUGCGGUGCUGGCCCUCAUUGCAGUCUCCGGCGUGCUGUGGGUUUGCGGCUGCCUCUACCUCGCGAAGGUCGAACUUUUGGAGAUGGCAACAAUGAUUCAGCGAUCCAACAAGAUCUGGUACUACACAUUGGCCCAGGACUACCUUGGAUUUUGGAACUGUGUCGACUGGCUGGCCAUCAUCAUGACCACGGUAAUUUCCAUCAGCUUCGGAGUGCUUCACAUCUUCAUCGGGGAUGUCAAUGGGAAGCUCGGUGCCAUCGUGACGCAGGUGGACAGCAGCGGCUACCCCGCGCUGGAAGCCUAUCGUGAGAUUGCUCGAGCCCUGGAGCUAUCCAGAAGUGGCAGGAAAGCACAUGCUGCAUCCUAUGGGUAUGGCCAAGACUUGCAGUCAAUCAACUUGCGAGGGAAAGUGUCAGUGGUGACGGGCGCCAAUUCAGGAAUUGGACGGAAAAUUGCAGAGUACUUGGUAGCCCGUGGAAGUAGGGUCUACAUGGUCUGCCGAAAUGCUGAGAGGGGUCAGCAGGCCAAGGAUGAAAUCGCCCAAAAAACCAGCAGUGAAGAUGUGCAUCUUCUAGUAGCAGAUUGUGGGCUGGCAUCCGAUGUGCGCCGGGUGGCAGCGGAGCUUCGCGACAAGGAGGCCAGUGGGAUUGAUUGUUUGGUUUGCAAUGCGGGCGCCAUGACCCACAAGAAAACGCUGACAUCAGAGGGGCACGAGGUGACGUUCGCUACACACCUCCUCCAUGGGACAUACCUGCUGACAGAAGAGCUGCGACCUGCUUUGGGCCGGAAGGAAGGUGCGCGCGUGGUGGUUGUCAGCUCAGGUGGCAUGCUAAAUGUGAAGUACAAUCACAAUCUGGCCACUGGCAAGAAGGGAUCCUACGACCGCCAGCUGGCAUACGCGUACGCCAAGAGGGGGCAGGUCCUGCUGUGUGAGCAUUGGGCCAAGCAGCCUGGUGAGCAGAUUGUAUUUGCAAGCUGUCACCCUGGGUGGACAGACACGCCUGGUGUGGAUCAUGCAUAUGGCUCCAUGAAGAAAUGGCUAGAGCCGAUGCGGACAAACUGGGAAGGUCAGUGGCAAGUUGUUUGUGACUCGUUUACUUCCAGGUGCAUGGCGGUGCAUGUGGCAAUCAUGCAGCAUAUGUGGCUGCUCUCCAGUCCCUGGUGGGGAACAACUCCUGAAGGGGAUAGCCGGGAUAGUCGAGUUGUCCUCGUCGAGAGUGCAAAGUUUGUAAAGAGGCAGGAGCGAGAUGCUGCUUCAGCGCCUGCAACGGUCCAACGCAUCCCAAAAGAACUUCAAGCUCACACCUACCGGACAGUAUCAGACUUUGCGGAUGCUGUUGUGGCGAUGCUUGAUGCGGAGCGCAACCUACGACUUUGGCUAUGCAUCUACCCUGUCGUGCUCCUAAUGCGACUCUUCAAGUCGUUUGCUGCCCAGAAGCGUUUGGCGAUUGUCACCGACACCUUCAGAAUGGCCUACAACGACUUGAUGCACUUCUUCAUCGUUUUCGCAUCAGUGUAUUUCUGUAUGACGGUCAAUGCAGUCAUCUUCUUCGGUCAGGACAUCUUGGACUUUGCCACUAUUGAUCGGGCGCUGCAUGCGUGUUUUCGGGCCAUGCUCGGUGACUGGGACUGGGAUGCGAUGGGGAAGAUCGGCAUCCACCGAGCAUUUGCGUGGUUUUUCUUCUUCAUGGUGGUGAUGGUCAUGAUUCUGAUGAACAUGCUGGUUGCAAUCCUGAUGGAGGCAUAUGGUGUGGUCAAAGACGAUGCCAAGCAUGCGGACUCGCUGCUGCAGCAGACCAAAAACAUCCUUCGCCGGGCUCGUCAAAACAAACGAAAAGAACGAGUGAAUCUCACCCACAUAUGGGAUGCACUUCGCAAGGAGCAUAACGAUGACGAGGACGCCUUGCUGAGCAGCGAGCGGAAGAUCACGCCCAGCUUCCUCCGCGACAUCGUGGACGGCAUCCCGGUUUCGCAAGCGCUCCGCACCCUCAAGAACUCCCAGAUGGACCACGACAAGAAGGUGGACCCGGCCUUCGAGCUGCAGGACUUCAAGGUCGGCCUGACCAACAUGGUGACUCGCCUCGACUACUCGGCGCUCUGCGCAACCUACUUGAGCGAGAAGAUUCGUCAAUACCAGGAUCUUGCCAAAGCCGAAGGCCGAGACACUGGUGGAUUUGACAAAUCAAUGGCCACCCUGAGCCCUGUUGGUGAUUUCGAGGGGGCCCCGGCUGAAGACGAGACAUACGAGAACAGCGCAGAGCAGGCGCUUGAGAAGGUCAAGGCUCUUGCCCGCGACCAUUCCACUGAGAUGGCCGAUGGCAUUGCUGCAAUUCUGGGAGAGGAAAUGCAGGAGCUGGAGAAAAGGCAAAACACCCAGCGCAAGGCCAUCAACACCACAUGUGAGCAGCUACAAAGACUGCGAGACAUGGUCCAUCAUCUCAGCAGCACCUGUGCCGACAUCUCCAACCUCACAGCCCACCUGGGAUCUUCCUCCGGGUCUGCGCACGGAGCUUCAGCUCCACGUGUGAUCCUGGAUGGAAGAGCGUAG